AUGUGUUGGAUCAAGGAGAUAGAAUUUGUAUUCAAUAUUAUCCGAUGUUCAGAGACGGAUAAAGUUAGAUUCGCUGUCUCGAUAUUGAAGUCCAAUGCACUGUUCUGGUGGGAAGUGGAAUUAUUGGCCAAAAUAGAAAUCUUGCAAACAUUAUCAUGGGCAGAGUUUGUUAAUAAAUUUAAAGAACAAUUUCUUACUAAAGCAGUUGUAAGACAGAUGGAAGAAGACUUCUUGAAGCUAGAGCAAGGUACCAAAACUGUUCAAGAAUAUACAGAGAAAUUCAUUGAAUAUUCUCAAUUUAUCGAGCAUUAUAUCUCAUCUGAAUCUAGAAAUGUGGAGAGAUAUAUUUGGGGAUUGAAACCAUCAAUUCGGGAAUUUGUGAUAGCCAUGAAUCUGGCUAUGUUUUCUUUGACAAUAGAUGCAACAGAAGUGACAGAGAGGAAUAAAAACAGACAGGAAGAAGGAAAGGUUACUGAGAAAAGAAAAUGGGAAAGACCAUCAACAGGUUAUCGAGGGCCAAAGUAUGUGACAUAUGGCAACAGACCUGUUCAGAAAAUUAGUGAAAAAGCUUGUUUCCGGUGUCAUCAGAUUCACCAAGGCGAUUGUAAGACAGAUUGGAGGAAAUGCUAUCAGUGUGGUAAGGCAGACCAUUUGUCAAGAAAUUGCCCAAUGACUAAAAGAUGUUUCAAUUGCAACUCACCAGAUCACCUUCGACCUAACUGCCCACAAUUAAAAGCUCCACAGCUGACUAUGGGAAGCAAUACCUCGUGUGCUCGUGGAAGAUCAAAUAUGGGUAGAGGAGGACAAGGAAGGGUGCGGGGUCGAUCAUUUCAGAUGACUAAACAUGAAGCCGAAACUACACCGGAUGUAGUGACAUGUACAUUCCUCGUAAAUUCUCUAUAUGCUAAGGUGUUGCUUGACUCGAGUGCAAACUUUUCGUUUAUAUCACCAUCUUUUGCUAAAUGUGCUUGCAUGAAUUUUGUGCCACUUGACGAUAAAUUAGUAGUUGAUACUGCUAAUAGUUAA